AUCAUCAUUUGGAAUAAAACGAAUGCAAUUUCAGUCAGCAGAAACAUACUUGCUACAUGUAAAUAUGUUAGUGAAAUGUUUUGUAACUAGGUAUGUGCCGUGGAAUAUGUAAAGUUAUAAAUUUGUGAAAUUAUUGAAUUUCAGUGGAAAAGUUCCUCUUUUUUUCGUUUGUGGCCGUGUGAAAUAAACACGUCGAUGUUAUCGGGUCGGGUGUGGUUAAAUAAUUAUAGAAAGUAAUUUUGCAAUAGUUUCAUUCAGUAUGACGGAAACUACGAUGGAUAUAUCCGAAACAAAAAGCGAUACACAAAGUAUCGACAGCAGUAAUAGCAAAAUGAAUAAAAUAUUUCAAAAUGAUGAUAUUCAAAAGGCGAUUGACCAGAUAAUUCGUUCCGAUUCCAUUGAAAAUCCGGAUUUCAAUGCGGCUGAUUAUAUCAAUCAAAUGUUUCCGACCGAACAAUCACUGUCGACUAUCGAUGAUGUGCUUGCAAAAAUGGAAAACGAGUGUCAGCAAAUAGAUGAAAAUAUUCGUUCGGUUGUACGAAGUCAAACGACUACUGCACAAGACGGCCGAUGUGCAUUGUCUGAGGCUCAAAAUGUCAUAGGCCAUCUGUUUGAACAGAUUAUUGAAAUUAAAACUCGAGCCGAGAAAACUGAAGACAUGGUCAAAGAAAUAACACGCGAUAUUAAACAAUUGGAUUGGGCAAAAAAGAAUUUAACCAGUGCAAUCACAACGUUAAACCAUUUACACAUUUUGGUCGGUGGCAUUGAGAAUCUUUCAAAAUUGGCGGAAAAUCGUCAAUAUGGUGAACUAUUGAAUCCAUUGCAAGCGAUUAUAGAAGUGAAUCGACAUUUUCAACAGUACACAGAGAUUCCGAAAAUUAAGGAUCUAUCGGUAAAAGUAAAACAAAUUCAAGAGAAGCUUGCAACUCAAAUAACUGCUGACUUCCACAAUACAUUAAUGAGCACAGGUAGUUCGUCUGGCGAUAAAUUGUCGUUGUCGCAGUUGGCCGACGCUUGUUCCGUCGUAUCUGUGCUUGAAGAUCAAAAAGUGAAAGCCGACCUUCUGAAGUGGUUUAUUUCGCUUCAAUUGCAAGAAUACGAGCAAUUAUUCCAUGAGAGUGAUGAUAUUGCUUGGAUUGCAAAAAUCGAUAAACGGUAUGCAUGGUUGAAACGGCAUUUGCUUGACUUUGAGAAUCGGCUAGGAAAAGUGUUUCCGGCUGACUGGGAAUUAUCUGAACGUAUAACUAUACAAUUUUGCAUAAUAACACGCGAUAGCCUUGCGGCAUUGAUGCAAAAACGUCGCACCGAAAUCGAUGUUAAAUUAUUACUAUAUGCCAUUUCAAAAACACAACAAUUUGAAUUGCUACUGGCAAAACGUUUUAUUGGUUUAAUUUUGGCCGCAAUGAACAUCACCAAACCGUCUCGAGCACCGAAAAUUCUACCACUUGACGAUAAACCGGCAAAUGCAUCGGAUACAGAUGCAAGCCAAAUUGGAAAUUCACCAUUUAUCGGGUUGAUUGGUGUGUGUUUCGAACCAUUUUUGGAUAUUUAUACCGAUAGCAUUGACCGAAACUUGGCCGAGCUCAUUGAACGCUUUGUACUGGAAAAUAGUAAAACAAAAACUGAAUUCGAUCCAAUUAGUAAUAAUUCAACCGUUUUUCCGAGCUGCGCCGAUCUAUUUGUAUUCUAUAAAAAGUGUUUAGUUCAAUGCACUCAAUUGAGUACCGAACGACCGAUGUAUCAAUUGACACAAAUAUUCAAAAAAUAUCUGCGAGAAUAUGCGAGCAAAAUUUUGGAGCAUAAAAUUCCAAAAGCAACUGCUCAAAUCACUUCAUUGGGCAAGCAAAUGACAAGCAUGUCAAUGUUGACGAAGGAUUUCCAAAAUCUGUCAACCGCCGCUGGUAAUGUGAUUCAAAAUCUUUUAAAAGAAGGCGAUCAACCGAGGUAUUUGCGUGAAGAAAUCGUUCGUUUGUGCUGCAUUUUGACAACGGCCGAGUAUUGUGUCGAAACGGUGGAUCAACUCGAAGCAAAACUCAAAGAAAAAAGUGACGAAGCCUAUACGGAUAAAAUCGAUUUAUCUGACGAAAAAGACAUUUUCCAUCGAUGCAUUUCACAUUGUAUCCACUUAAUGGUGCAAGACAUUGAAUGUGGUUGCGAGGCAGCACUCAUCGUUAUGAAUAAGACCACUUGGUACAACAUUCAAAAUGUAGGCGAUCAGAGUCCGUUCGUUAAUUCAAUUUUAUCAAAUUUUCAUACAACUAUUCCAAUAAUUCGUGACAAUUUAUCAGCAUCUCGAAAGUAUUAUACGCAAUUUUGUCAUAAAUUUGUCAAUUCAUUCAUUCCACGUUACAUAAAUGCAUUGUACAAAUGUCGUCUAAUGAAUAGUUCAUCGGCAUCGAAUUCCGAUUCAAUUGGUGCAAAUGCAGGUUUGGCCAAUAAUAACAGUAGCAUCCUUGGAUGUGAACAAUUAUUACUCGAUACACAUAGUUUGAAAACGAUUUUAUUGGAUUUGCCAUCGAUUGGUUCGCAAGUGAAACGAAAAGCGCCGGCAAGCUAUUCAAAAGUUGUGGUCAAAGGAAUGACCAAAGCCGAAAUGAUAAUUAAAAUUGUGAUGCAACCAACAACACCUGCACAAGCAUUCAUUGAACAUUAUUUAAAAUUAUUGCCAGAUAGUUCACAAACCGAAUUCAAUAAAAUAAUGGAUAUGAAAGGGCUAAAGCGAUCCGAUUCAACCUAUUUACUGGAAUUGUACAAGCGAAUGGCACCAAAAGAUCCAAAACAACAAUCUACGAAUCCAUUUGAAAAUGACAGCGACCAAAUUGAAGGAAGCGCCAAUUCAUCGGCAAUGAUGGCAAAUGUUAUAAAAUCACCAUCAUCCAGUGAAAAUUCAAUCGCUUCAACUAUCAAACAAACGGCCAGCAAUGUGACCUCAUCACUGACAGCCUCAGCUGAUAAGGGUCGAAUUCGAAAACUCGAAAAUUUAAUCAAAAAACGUUUACCGUAAAAUGAAUAAUUUAACACACACAAAAAAUAAAUUACUGUUGUACUUAAAAUAUUUAUCACAUUGUUUUAUGUAAAUGUGAUGCCCUUUUAACAUAUUUUUAGGGGCUAUAUUAUGAAUAAUAUCAAUGAGAAUAUAUAAAUAAACAU